CCCAAAAAGCACGAGGUUCUCGGCCACCUCGAAGGAUGCAAGGUCUUUCACUUUGCCGGUCACGGGCUCGUGAACCCAGUAGAUCCAACCCAGAGUGGCCUUCUUCUAGACGACGAGAACAUCACAGUUGAAGAUUUUCUGGACAUCAACAUCAAGUCGGGGGCCCCCUUUCUAUGUGUGCUCUCAGCUUGCCUGACAGGGGCAAGCGACGAGAGUCUAUUGGAGGACGAAGGGCUCAAUCUCAUCAGUUCAUGCCAAUUUGUCGGCUUCCGCCGCACCAUCGGCACACUAUGGCAAGUCUCAGACAGUGUCUGUGUGGAGGUAGCCGAGGGGUUUUACGCCGAACUCGGCCAGGGUGGCAUGACAGGCAAUGCUGUGUGCCGAGGUCUUCACCGAACUCUCGUCUCUCUUCGGAACGAAUGGGUG